UUAAUCUGAAGGAUAAUUCAGAAGCAAUGGCAAUAAUAAUAUUUUCAAUCAAAAGAUGGUGAUCUAAAUUUUCUAAGACUUCAAAGCACAUAUAUUGAAUGGCUCAUCUUUGAGAAAACUCAGAUCGAAUAUGCCUCCUCGUAUUGUCCUCCCACGGUUUUUCAAAGUGCAUCAGGUGUUUAAAAGAUCAGAAAUUUAAUUUUUAAAAUUAAGACACCAAUUCUUCUAGUUUCUUAAGACAGAGCAAACGGAUGGCCUAUCUUAUUAUGCAGAGAUUGGCGGUUAGGAUCGACUGAGAGGAAACACAGAAGACGAAUGUUAAUAAGAAAACCAAAAAUUCUGAAUCCGAGUUUAUGGAGGAAUAUCUGCUAUUCGAGUUCAGCUCAAGUUUCAAAAGGAGAAGUCUAGAAGAAGAAGGUCUUGUUAGUUUUCUUCCAGCUCAAUACAUUCUGGCAAUACUCUGAAGAUCCUACGAAUCUGAAGGCAGGAAAAUCAACAAUUAUUUCCCAAGAUGAAGACUUAAAUAUAGACGAAGUGAUGUCUGACCAACACUAAAAUCAUAUACUACUUGGAGAUUGUUCUAUCGAGGAGAUUUAUUGGCAACGAAAUACAAAUGUAGAUGAGUCUUAAUUCAAUAAGUUAGUCAAAUCCAACUACUCUUGGCUCCCAAAAAGUAUCUCCCAUUUAAUCAUAAAUUCAAGGUUAAGAGGAAGAGCCUCAGUAACCUUCGCACUUCUUUCAAACAGUCAUUGGAUAGCUAUGAUCAUUGGUGGCCCCAAUAACUCAAGGAAGUUCUCUUCUUGCUCAAUGAAUAUGUUAAUCCUUUUAAGAUGAACUGAGUAAGUACCUUGAAGAUGACAUCAUCAAUGCAUCAUUACAUUUGUCUACAUUGAGCAAGACAACAGUAAGAUAUCUCAAAAUCUAGAUGUUGAAAUAAUAUUAGACAUCAUUAAGAGGAAAGCUUCCGUUUCUAAAGAAGAUAAAGUCAUUGAUUCCAGCAAUCAUAGAGGAAAGAAGACCCUAUCAGAAAUUCUUCAUCAGAUUAAGAUACCAACAUGCCCUUAGGUGUGGAUGCAAUCUGUAAGAGAAGCUACAAGGGUGCUAAUAGUUCCAAAAGAGAAGGCUACAGCAAGCAAGGAGAUUACAUCAGGAGAGGAGUAGAGCAGUUCAACCCCGAAAUAUAUUAGAAAAGAACACAAGGAUAUCCUUAAGAAAUGG